CGUGUUUGUUGUUACUUGGCGUAUGUUUUGGUAAACGGAAGAACAAACGGUUUUACAAAAAAGAAAAAUAAUUAUAAAAGUAAAUACGCUAUUUUGUAUAAAUAAUAAAAUAUUCCCAUGUAAAAAAUGAAUACUAAAAAUAUUCUUCUGAGCACAAAUUAAAAAAUAAUAUAUUUUUUAUAAAAUCAAUAAAUUUCAAUAAACAAAAAGUAAACUGCACAAAAAAUCAACAAAAAUUAUUUACUACUAGUGCUUAAUUACGUUUUAUUUUAAAUAAAUGAUAUUAGUUUAGAGAGCAGUGCAUUGCUUUAGUUUAGUAAAUAGUGUUAAAUAAAUUGUGUUAUUAAAUAACAAAUUAAACAGUGCGAAAAGAAAACAAUAUAAAAAUACAUAUUAUUAAAUUUUAUGAAGUAAUUUUAUUUAGCUGAUAAGUGCUUAAUAACUCACCAAAAAGAAGAGAAAUUGUUUUGUUGUGAUUAAAACUAAAAAAACGCGGGUUUAGCUAAAGCAUUUAAACAACCUUACGACCAGUCUUUAUAACAACUUGAAAAACAUGGGUCAAUUGGUUGUUAAAUUGGCGCAGCCGGUAAAUAAUGUUGCCCAUAUAUUGGGUGGUCGCCGCAAACGUAAGCGUAGUAUAGAUUCUUGCCAUUCAAACAGUGAACAGAGCAACAAUGAAACCCGGUCACCUAAAAAAAAAAAACUCUUAACUACCACUCAAUACAUCUAUCAGGCCCUGUUUAAAGAACAGAAAAAUUCCGAUAUUGCCAUUAUGGCUAUGGGCAAAGUAUGGAAUCUGCACAAAGUCUAUUUAUCACAAAGUCCUUAUUUUUAUAGUAUGUUUAAUGGUUCGUGGAAGGAGUCAUGUCAAGAUUUUGUUCAUAUUAAAAUUUUGGACGAAAGGAUUACUUUGGAAGCUUUGGAUGCCGUCUUCGGAUCCAUGUAUUCCGAUGAAAUCGAAAUCGAUCCAAAGGGUGUUAUAUCCGUACUAGCCACUGCAACUUUAUUCCAUUUAGAUGGCAUUAUCGAUAAGUGUGCUGAGGUAAUGAUUGAAACCAUAAACGCUGAAACUGCUAUAAAUUACUAUGAAGCUGCCUGUCAAUAUGGCUGUCAAAAUGUUAAGAAAUCCACAUUUGCCUGGUUGGAAACCAACCUCUUAUGCAUUUAUACAAAAUAUCCAAAUUUGUUAAGACAAAUUAGUAUAGAACUAAUGACUGCUCUAAUAACUAGUCCGGAUCUUUAUGUGAUGCAAACAGAAUUCUCACUAUAUACACUAUUACGCACAUGGAUUUAUUUGCGUUUAAAUCCAAAUUAUGAUCCCGAAAAUCCCCAACAUCAACAGGAGUUACAAUUGCAAUAUCAACAACAGCAGCAACAAAUAGAAGCUAAUAACGCAACAUUAGCUUUAUCCUCUACCGCUGCAUCAUCAUCCUCAUCAUCUUCAAACUCUAAUACUCCAGCAGAGAGUAAUACACCCUCUACUGCUACAGAUAUUAUACAGCAAUAUUUUACUAAUCGCCGCGAGAAACGUUCAUUUCUAUCAACGCCCGAGGGGCAGCAAUAUUUGAAACCUUUUCUGGCUUUACGCACACAAUACUUAACCAAUCAUCAUAUGGAUUUGAAAAUUGUACUUAAUGACAAUAUUAUACCCAAAGAAUGGCUGCAUCAUCAUGUUCUAAGUCAUUGGAAUUCCAUACUUAAAGUGGAUCAUUUGCCAGAAGAGGGACCCCAAAAUCUCGAAGCCGAUGUUUUCUAUGAAAAUUGUAUGCGCUGUGGUCGUAUACUCUUGGAGCCGGGCUAUCAGAAGUGGCGUUGGACUGGUUUUAAUUUUGGUUUAGAUCUUAUACUAAUAGCCGAUUCUAGAGUACUUAGUAUACGAAGACAUCAUCGUAAUGAACACGAACGUUUGUUGAGUUUACAAACAAAGAGACAGUUUAUGAUAAGAGCUUCCGUUACCUCUAUCAACUCUCAAAGGCAACCGACAUUUACUCAAAAAUCUGAUAUAACCUCCUUGUGUUUGGAGAAAAAUGAAGAAGUUACUUUAAUGGUUAUGGAUGCCAAAUUAGUGCAUCCUUUAUUGAUCUCUGUAAAUAUAUUGGUGGUACCACCAACACCCCAGACUUUUAAGCAAAACUUAAUAUGUGAUGAAUUUGCCAAUGCCUCAGUGCCUAUAUCGGAAAUUGGUGCAAAUUGUGAACGUGCCACAACGCCCACCAACGUCAACGAUGAGUCGGCUGUUUGUGUUGUGCCACCUUCGCCUCCAAAUGCUUUACUAAUGCCACCUCAAGCUACACACCGUUCAUCCUCAACAACUUCAACAGUAUCUAGCACUUCGUCUACGGCUUCGUUUUCCUCUUCUUCUUCAGCAGACUUUUUGUAGAGUUUGUAAAUUUCCGAGAGGAGACUUAAAUUAAAUAAUGGUGCUGUGUGAUAAUAAAACCGCCAUAAGUGUUUAAAUGCACUCUCGUUAUUUUAUUGUGAAAAAAAAA